UCAAGGCGAGGUGUGCAUCUAAAUCUCCUUUGUGUACACCAGGACUUUACAAAAGGGAAAAAAAACAGACACCCUCAAGCAUUCAAACUCAGGCUAUUUGCUGGAGGACUCCUAACAAUCCUUUCACUUCACUUCUAAGCUACUUACCUCUGAUCUUAGCACGAUGGAUGAGCUGGAUGAGACUCAGCUGAAGAAUCAUGUGGACAGUCUGAAGCAGCAGCUACAGUUUAACAGAGAGAAAACAUCUGUCUCGAUUCCAGAGUUAACUAAAUGGAUAGAGGAGAAAAUGAAUGAGGAUCCAUUUCUGAAUCCAGAUAUACUUAAGGAAAACCCGUGGGUGGAGUCAAGCAAAUGUGUUAUAGCAUAGCGCAAGAGCUGUUACUCAUCACUAUGGAAACAGGAGUGACUCCACCCACUGUCAUGGUUACAUUGCCCCGACUUUGACUAGGAUGGACAAACACGCAAAUGUAAAUCUGCUUUCUUGUUUACGCUUAUCAUGCCACGACAUUAUGAAUAGAAAGAAAGAAAAAACUGUCGUUAUUCAGUGAAAACAUGUAUUUAUAAAAGUGUAAGACAACUAUACAUGAACAAUAAAAAACAA